CCGCCCGUAGACCCAGAAUCAGAAAACAAUAUCUGUGACCAAGAUAGGGAUCGGUUACUUGUACUGAAAACGGGAAAGAUGGCCUUACGUUGUCUUAUGAUUCUGUUUCUCUCCACCACUUUGGGAGCAUGGGCUUUCACGGCUGGGCCGCCCGUAGGCCAGUACCCGUACGAUCUGUGUAUGAACAUGAUCCCGUCAGGCCACGGGGAAAGUACCGCUACAACCGAAGCACCGUAUCGAAUCCUAACGUCGAGUUCUACGUACUCCUCAGGCCAGUCCAUCACGGUCACAGUGGAAUCAACGGACAGCACGUCUGAGAUUGAGGGUAUCUUUAUGCAGGCCCGUCGUAAAGGAGCUGACCGACACGGGACCAAGGCAAUUGGCACGUUCUCGAACGCGCCAACUAGAACCCAACUGCUUACCUGCGGUAGACCAGAUAGUGCUUGGGGACACUCGGGUGAACUAGGAGCAACUGCCGCAUCGGUGACCUGGAUAGCGCCACCUUGUGAUGAGGGGCCGCUAGCUUUCAUGGCGACGAUCGUGAAAGGUCCAAAGGAGCUAUUCUGGACAGGAGUUCUUUCCAGCGAAAUGACCUUCACUGGUCCCAACAGCACCGACUGCGGCAGACCACCAGCUUCGCCAAUGUCCACAAAACCUGCGUCUACCCCUUCGAGUGGCGGGCCCAAUGGUCCCCUCAUGUCUGCAAUGACUCUGAUGAUGAGCGUCGCCGUUGCUCUCCACCUUGACCUCGUCAAAUUUUAAGAGCUCGCGGGAUGGUGUGUAAUCAGCUGAUAGUGAUAUUGACUAUAUACAGAGAUCAAUAUAUGAAUUUGUGGCAUAAGUCUAUUUAAAUAUAAAGUUGGUAUUAUUUGUGGUCAUUGUUUACAACAGGGAGGUUUAUUCAAAUUCAGCUAUAUUCUUGGUUCAUUUGGGACGGAGAAUGCACAAUUAUUUUCUGAAAUUUCAGCAACUUGGUCAAGUCAGAUUUUCCUUCCUGACUCCUGAAUUCGUUUUUGUUCGUUUUGUCAGUCUACAAUUGUGUACAAAGGAUCAGACAAAGAUCACAAUCGUGAUUACCUGAUAGACAGGUCAAGUGAAAAACAAUAUUUUGUUAGUAUUCGUGAAGAACAUUUCUAUAUUACAAGCGGUCUUUUUUAUCGGACCGUAGAGAAUAGCUAUUACAAAUUUAAAAGUUCUUUCAGAAAUCAAAAAUGAACCAUUACAGUAGCAACCAUUUCAAAGUGAAGAGUUCCUUGGUUUGAAAUAAGGAAAGUUCGAAAGUUGGAACUCGAUGCUUUCUUUACUACUUUUGUGACCAAUAAAUUGUAGUGGUGGUUCCAUUCGUAGAGAAUGUAGGGUACUUAUUAGCAAGCUUUGCAAUAAAAAAUUACCCAGAUUGCACCAAAGUCAGUCAGGUUCAUUUUGAAGGGGAGAUGGUACCCCGAACUGGUGCUGAUACUGGGGGGGGGUCACUACAAUUGAUCACUGCAUCAAAAGAGACUAACUUCUUUGUAUCUUUUCAAUUUUUGAGUGUGGGAUACGAUAACCUUUGGAGGGUGUUUGUGUGCUCCAAUGGUGAAUCAGGUUACUCUAUCGGCUGUGGAGUGACUAUGUAAACCCUGACGUCUUCCCCUGGAUCCUUCUGCAUGGAUGAUGAUCUAAUUAGUUUGGGGAGACUGGCUUCAACCUCCUCCCCCAUCAGACCCUUGAAACUCCCCUUUUGGACGCAGCGGUGUAUCCUCCCGAGUCAUAUGAAUCACGUCCGGGAUUGGGACUCUCGGCACAGGAUAUACGGAUUAUGAUUGUGGCUUGUGAGUAUUGUGUCACUUACUCCUGGUCAGAUAAUUUUGCCGGCCAGUGGUUGAAUGGGAGGAUUUGCCGUCCCGCAUCUUUACCGAAUACGUUCCAGCUUCAACAACUGUGCAUAAUAAACCAAUAUAUACAGGAAUUGAA